AAACAAGGUGCGCAACCCCGUUGCCUUUACUUCCUGAGAGCGAGGCCAUUUAAAAGAAACAGCCCUCUUUAAUCAUUGGAUUUUGCUGUAGGCGGUGUUCACACAAGAGACUGACAGACGUUAGAGACACACGAGCUGGCGUUAAGGUUAUAAAAAGACAUUCUGUUCAUCAAAUUGAUCCACUCAGCAGUUCCCGUCCUUGUUCUAUCAUGUUUGAUCCCAUCGAUUUGGAGACUGAUUACCCAGAGGACUUUUCCCUGAUGAACAGUCGCCUGGAAUCAUUCCGUGGUUCCAGCCUGGCCCAGCAGAUGUCAGCAGAAAGAUUGGCCCGGGCCGGCUUCUACUUCACUGGCCAGGCCGAUCGUGUCCGCUGUUUCAGCUGCCAGAAGACUGUGGAAAACUGGUGCAUGGGAGACGCACCUGUAGAGAGGCAUAAGGAGGUUUCCCCUUCAUGCAGGUUUCUUAGCUGCACCCAUCGCACCAGUUGUAUCCCGCGUUCUAAUACCACGCUGAUUAACGGUUCCACCUACAAUGAAGAAGCAGAGGACAUGGAAUAUCGUUUGAGAACAGGAGAGGUGGUUGACGAGUCCACCUACCCAAUGGCUCCUCACAUGAGGAAUGAGGAGGCCCGGCUUCAGACCUUCUCAUCCUGGCCCUCUACUGCUCCUGUGAGACCCCGAGAUCUGGCCCAAGCCGGCCUCUACUAUACGGGGGAGAGCGACCGGGUGCAGUGCUUCUGCUGUAAUGGCAUGCUGGGUGGUUGGGAAGCAGGGGACACUGCCUGGGGAGAACAUGCCAAACAUUUCCCCUACUGCUUCUUCAUCCUAGGCCACGAUGUGGGCAACAUCCCCUUCCACGGGGGUGUAGAGGAGGAGGUGGAGAUGUGUGGCAGUAGACGAGAUGCAAGCUCUUAUGAUAUGAGAAAUUUUGAGGAGAGGCUUGGUAGCUUUGCAGGUGUCCAGCACCCUGUAGACCAUGAGAGGCUUGCCAGAGCUGGUUUCUACAGCCAAGGGAACGGCGACCAAGUGUUGUGUUUCCGCUGUGGUGGAGGUUUGAAAAGCUGGCAGCCUGAGGAAGACCCAUGGGAGGAACAUGCCAAAUACUACCCCGGUUGCAGCUUCCUGUUAGCAGAAAAAGGACAAGAAUUUGUCAGCAGCAUCCAGCUACAAGGCCCACGAGGAAAUGGAGCUACUUCAAGUCAUCAGAAUGGAUUUUCAGGAGGUAAGAAUGAGUUGCUGCAGUCUGUCGUUGCUCAGAAGGCCAUAAAGAUAGGUCUAGAGGAUUGUCACAUACCAGAGAGUGACGCUGCAAAGACACAGGAGCAAGAUGAGGACCCACUGGAGAAAUUACGGAAGCUGCAAAUGGAGAAACAGUGCAAAAUAUGCAUGGACAGAGAUAUUUGUAUUGUCUUCAUUCCAUGUGGUCAUCUGGUCUCUUGUAAGGAGUGUUCAGAGUCUCUCAUCAAGUGUCCAAUCUGCUGUGGAGCCAUAAAACAGAAGAUCAAGACCUACAUUGCUUGAGAUAAUCAAGACUCUCACUAAACGUCAAUGCUGCUUUCUUGCUAUCUUUAUAAUAUUAUAUUUUAACAUUGUAGAUAGCCUGUAAAAUAUAUAUACAGACCAUGUUGUCUUUAUGAAAGUAAAAUUAGUAAAUGUCACAGAAAACUAUUUUCACAAUCACUGAGACGGUAAAUGGCUGUUGAUAUUGAGAUGAGAUAAUAUUGUAAAUGGCUGACUUUGAUUUUCUAGGCUUUUAAUAGGUGCUGAAGCUAAAAUACACACUAAAAGACAAUUCUCAUUUUAACACUGUUCCUUGCCAGAGGUGCCUUUAUCUAGGUUAAUGUACUCAUGUCUCGUUUUGUUGUUUUUAUUAUGGACAUUUACCAAAAUUCAAUUAAACUGCACCUAAGAUGUAAAAUCUGUUAGUUUCAUACAUAUCCUCUGUUUUGUCUGGGGUACUUACUGUUGUAGACGGUUUUCUCAAUGUAUACUGCUCUGUAUAGAAAUGUGUAAAGGUAGAUCAUUAAAUCCUUAGUUGACUUUGUUCUAUAAUUGACAACUAGUUUUUGACCUGAAAUUAAUCGGUGUGGUGUGAUAUUAUUUUACCAUUCCAUCAUGCAGUCUGUUGUGUCCUCAAGAGUGAAUAAAUUUUAAUAAUUGGA